AGCGGCUGGUCCGAACAUAAACAAUCCAAGAACUGGUAGUCACAAGAGCAAGCGCCGACCCGAGAGAAAAUCUUUCCUAAAAAGCUGAGAAUCGCCUUCGUGACUUAGCCUUUUCUUUCUUACUCGGAAGUAAGGAAAACAUGGAGGGGUUUAAGACACACACAUGCUAUGAAAAGGCGACGGAACUGCCUCAAAUGAUAUCUCGUCGACAGCAGAAUGGCUGCACAAGUUUGCCGAGAAUAGUGUUGAACAGCCGCAUCAAUGCAAUGCACAGGAAAGAGCCAUUCUAUCGACUCAAUUUAUUGGGGCACUACGGCUGCGUCAACGCCAUUGAGUUCAGCAAUAGAGGCGGAGAUUAUCUUGCAUCAGGUGGAGAUGACAGACGUAUACUCCUAUGGAAUGUGAACGAAGCUCUCAAUGCAAAAUAUGAACCACGUAGCAUGAAGGGAGAGCACCACUCAAACAUAUUCUGUUUGGCUUUUGACAAUGAGAAUGGAAAGAUUUACUCUGGAGGGAAUGAUGAUCAAGUUAUAGUCCAUGAUACCAGAAGAGGUGAUGCGAUAGAUUUGUUCUUACAUGAGGAUGCUGUGUAUGGCUUAGCAGUAGAUCCCAGGAAUGAUAAUAUCUAUGCCAGUGCCUGUGCAGAUGGAAGGGUUCUUCUUUGGGACAUCCGAGCCCCAAGUCAUCAAGAACCAUUUGUAUUAGCCAACUAUGUGACAGCAUUCCAUGCUGUUGUAUACCAUCCUCAAGAACCUAGGUUUCUAGCCACUGCCAAUGCUAAAGAAGGUAUUGCCCUGUGGGACGUCAGAGCACCCAAAAGUUGCCUUUUACGAUACGGAAGUGCCUACACCCAGAUGAAUGCAAUGAGUGUGCGUUUUAACCAGAGCGGUAGCCAGCUGCUUGCGUUGCGGAGAAGGCUACCGGCGGUGCUCUACGAUAUCCACAGUUCAGUGCCGUCUGUGGAGUUCAACCAUGAUGGCUAUUAUAACUCUUGUACCAUGAAGAGCUGCUGCUUUGGAGGUGACAGAGAUCAGUUUGUCUUAUCCGGUUCUGAUGAUUUCAACCUCUAUAUAUGGAGAGUUCCAGAUCCAUGUGAAGGAAUUCAACAAGUGAAUGAAGCAUCCCAUGUGUUGAAAGGACAUCGUCAGAUUGUCAAUCAAGUCAGGUUUAGCUCAAGAAGUUUCCUCAUUGCAUCAUCUGGUGUGGAGAAAGUCAUCAAGCUUUGGAGUGCAAUGAAAUUGCCAGGGAUGUCUGAUGGCAAUGAAUCCCCAAGGAAGAUGUUCACCCGUCAGCAAUACUUCAACUUGAUGAUAAGCUCAGGAUCAGCUCUCUCCCAUGACUACUCUGACAAAUCCAAAGAAGAGGACCCAAGGAUGCUUGCCUUCUUUGAUUCAUUUAUCCAGCGAGAGGUUGACCACAGCUUCAGCAGCGAUUCCUCAGAUAAUAGUGCCUUGAGCCCAGAUAGCUUGUACCUCCACUUUGUACGUGAUCACAGUGAUGAUGGAAACAGUUCUGACAGGGAUGGUCCUGUCAUGCCAUCACUCUUGCCUCCGGAACUUGGAAUGAUCAGUGAUAGUGACAGUAAUCAUGAUGCUAAUCCAACAAAUUGUGAAUUGAGUAAUACUGAGGUGAAGCCGAAGGCUCGUGAAGAGAGGAAUGUGAGCACCAGCAGUGAUACUCCUGGAUUGAGUGUUGGUGGGCCAUCGUUGCAGAAGAGAGGUCAGGAAGACAGGAGUAGGACAAGUGCAUCGGAUGCUGUUGAUAGAGGCAGCACAAGUCAGGCCAGUCAUGAAUCAAGUGACAGCAGGCGGAGAGGAAGACAACAGAGCAGGAGCUCUAGCGAUUCCUCUAGUAGUAGUGAUGAAUCAGAGGACUUCUUGGUGAUGAGGUAUCGCAGUCGUCUAUUACGCCGCAUCAUGCGUCAGAAGAGUAAGAAAGGGAAGGAUGGGUCUGUGGUUGGAAAAUCUAUGGGGAAUUCCCCAUCACAGGUGGAAAAGGAUAGACUUUCAAGCUUACAGCAGCGUUUGGCCUUCAGCCGGGUGAUGAAGGAACGGAUUACGACAGUGAGUGAGAGCGAUUCUAGCAUGUCUGAUGACAAUGAACAGUUUCUUGCAAUUGUUGGCCAGCUCAGGCAAAGGACAGACUCUGCCCGUCAGCGAGCUGCCUCACUACGCCGCCAUAGGAUGCGAGCUUUAGAGGAGAUAUCUAGUUUAACAGGUGGAUUUAGUAGAUCUGCAACAUCCUCAUCUUUGCCUUCGUCAAGGAGUCCGCAGAGGGAGCCUCCUGCAGCUGCAUUAAUGAAUAGACUAGCACCGUCCAACCUUUCCUCACCUUCAAACUCACCCAAAAGAGUCCCGAAACUUACUGCCACAGGUUCUGAAGCAUCCUGCAGUUCCAAAAGCAGUGCUAAACCAUCUACUAGUUCCAAGAAAAUGAAAAGUAAGCCACCAAAAUCAAAGUCAAGUCAAAGCAUUUCAAAUUCAAACCUGGCCAGCACAUCGAAGGGAAGUAAUCAUGCUUGUUCAAAUAAUGUAGAAGGGGCUGGGUGUAGCAAGGACACUGAAGCAUCAAGUCAAUCCAAGGAUAGCAGUAAGAAUGGCUUUAAGAAGUUUAAAUUGAACAGUUCAGGUAAAAAGAGACAUUAUCGCAGCACAAACUGUUACUCAAGACAAAAAGACAGUGACUCUGAUUAGAAACUUUGCAAAGUGUUUUUGCUUUGCUGUUUAUGGGACAAGAUCUUUUCCAAAAACCUUUUUAUUUACUUCUUUAUGCUCCUGGAGUGCCAACAUAGUGGAUUGGCACUUUGUAAGUCACAUUAUUAUUAUUACUACCAAUCGUUAUUCAUCAGAAAAUAUGGAUUUAACAAAUGAAACACUUGCAUGUGAAUCAUGAAUCUGCCUGAGUCAAAUCUCUUUCUAUCACAGAAAUCUAGGUCCUUU